AUGGACAUAGUUGGCAUGCUUCCAACCGCACCAGGACAGAAGGUGUACAUUAUUGUAGUAACUGACUACUUCAACAAGUGGAUUGAACCAGACUCGUUCCACCAAGUCAGAGACAAAGAAGUAAAGGGCUUCAUUUGGAAGAAUAAUAUCAAGCUCAGCUUCUCCACGCCAAGAUAUCCCCAAACAAAUGGACAAGCAGAGUCAUCCAACAAGACUAUCAUGAACAACAUCAAGAAGCGCCUUGAAAAAGCUAAGGGAAGAUGGGCUGACGAGUUGCUAGGUGUCCUUUGUUCCUACCGAACCACAGCAAGGACUUCAACGGGAGAGACACCUUUCUUGUUAGCCUACAGGAUGGAGGCAGUCAUCCCUACCGAGAGUGGAGUUCCGACAGCCAGAUAUGAGCUGACAACAGACGAAGUGAAUUGGGAAAACAUGUGCUACGAACUCGCACCAUCAACGAAAGAAGGGACAAACCACUCUUAA